AUGAAGAUCAUUUUAUUGGUUUUUUUGAUUGGAACUACAUUUGCAAGAGAUGAAAGCUUUUUUGCUUAAUUAAGAAAUAGUGAUUUUGGAAAAACAAUCAUCUAAACUCUUUAAGUCUAAUUAUCUUAAGAACAUACAGCAGAUACAGUUGUUCAUCUUCUAAAAUAAAUGAAAGAUGAUCUUAACAAUGAAUAAAGAGUUGAAGAUGAUGAAAUUAAUGGAUAAUUAAAAACAUGUUAAGAUGCUUCAAGUGCUGCAACAGCUGUUUUAACUAUUGCUAAAGAACGUAAAGCAACAUCAGAAGAAAGAUUACCAUUACUUUAAUAAGAAUAAAAUGAUAAGAAACAACAAUUAUUUGAUAAAUAAGGAGAAGAAUAAAGAAAUUUAGAUAGAAUUAGUGUAUUAUAGGAAGCGAGAAAUGUUUAAAGAGUAAAUUAAUUAUAAAAUUUAAUUAGCAAGAAUUUGAACAAAGAAGAGAUGAAUUAGUAGGUUUAGUUUCUGCACUUUAAGAAGCUAAAAAAAUCUUAUCUUAAGGUAUUNUAGAGAAUAAUAAUGUAAAUAAAUAUAAUAUUUUUAGAAAUCGCUUGAAUAAAAAAUAAAAUAAUUAAGAGAGAAAAUAAAGAAUUUAGAAUCUGAGAAUUACAGAGUCAGAAAGUAAAGUUUCAUUUUAGAAGCAGAAAAUAAGGAAGCAGUUGAGAAGAAUAAAAAAUUAAAUUAAUAAUUGAUAAAUCUAACAGGUUCAUUGAAGUCAUUAAAAAUGAAUUUUUAAUAGUAAAUAUCUGCUAAGAAAUCUUUAUCAUUGUCUAAAACGAAAAGUGCAGUUGUAGCUGAUAAUAAAAUAAUAUAAACACUUGAAAAGGCUUCAAGAAGCAUAUCAGUAUUAUUAUCAUAGAAUAGUAAGACUGAUUUAAGCGUUAGUCCAUCAAAAGUUCAAAAGACACUUCCUUCAGAUUUACUUCUGGUAAAACAAUUAGAUUAAUAAAUAUUAGCCAAAUUUUUAAGAAAAUUCAGAUGAGGAUGAGGAAUAUUAAGAAGAAGGGGAAGAUGGAUAAGAAGAUGAAGAUUAAAUGGAUGAUGAAGAAGUAGAUUCUGAAGUACCAUCUGAAGAAGAUGAAUCUGAGGGAUAAGAUAUAUAAUAACCUAGAAAAGAGUCAUCAAUAUCAAUGAUAUGA